ACACGGGGGACCCCCAAUAUUCCAGUGUCCUAUGGAGGCUUUACCCUGGGGGUGAUGAGGAUGGAGGAGGACUCCUUUAGGCCUGUAUCAGAUCAAUAUUUGUUCUGUGUGUGGAAACUGCCGUCUGCCCAAUGAUUGGUGUAAUACACCCCCUCCCCCUCCUCCGGGUGUGUCCGCAGCACAAGGAGGGUGUAACUCCCUGCAGAGCAGGAAACUUCGGCCGACACAAUGAAGAAGACCUCGAGCAAAAGCAAACAAGUCGUCUUCUUCCCCGAAGAGGGCAUGGUGAAGCUCUACCUGCGGGGCCGCUCUGUGCCCCUCUACGUUCCAGACUCGCUGGUCGCAUCUUACAGUCUAGAAGCAAAGGGAGAACUUCCCCCGAGGGACCUGCAGCUGGAAUGGGUAUAUGGAUACAGAGGUCGGGAUUGUCGCAGCAACCUCUACGUCCUCCCGUCUGGAGAGCUGUUGUACUUCACAGCGGCCGUCUGCGUCCUGUACGACCCUGCAGCCGGCACCCAGAGGCACUACAGGGGCCACACUGAUGACAUCAAGAGUCUUGCUGUCCAUCCAGACUCCGUAACAAUCGCCAGCGGCCAAGUGGCGGGUAACUCGCAGGAUGGCAAGGCUCUGCCGCCCCACGUCCGGAUCUGGCACUCCGUCAGCCUGUGCACGCUGCAUGUCAUUGGAGUGGGACAUUUCGACAGAGCGGUCACCUGUCUCAGCUUCUCCAAGACUGAUGGCGGAGGUCAUCUGUGCGCAUGCGAUGAAUCUGGAGACCACGUCUUGUCGGUGUGGCAGUGGCAACGGGAGGUGAAGGUUGCCGAAGUAAAGUGCUCUACAGAACCCGUGCUCGCCGCCAUCUUUCACCCAACAGAACCCAAUCUAAUUAUAACAUGUGGGAAGUCCCAGCUCUACUACUGGACCCUGGAAGGGGCCCCUGCCGGGGGGGCUGCAGGUGCCACAGCCACUUUGAGCAAGAGGCAGGGAGUUUUUGAGAAACAUGAGAAGCCGCGCUUUGUCCUGUGUCUGGCGUUUGCGGAGAACGGAGAUGUGGUCACCGGAGAUUCUAAUGGCAAUCUGUACAUAUGGGGUAAAGGCAGUCACAGGAUCGCGCAGGCGGUGUGUGGUGCUCACGAUGGCGGAGUCUUCGCUUUGUGUGUGUGCAGAGACGGGACAUUACUAUCUGGAGGAGGCAAGGACGGGAGGAUCAUACUGUGGGACCGAGACUAUAAGAAAGUGCGGGAGACCCGGAUUCCGGAAUGUUAUGGCCCUGUGAGAACCAUUACUGAAGGCCGAGGAGGGGACACGCUGUAUGUGGGCACCACCAAGAACUGUGUGAUGAGCGGCAGCCUGGAGAGCGGACUCAGCUGCUUGAUCCAGGGUCACACAGAUGAACUGUGGGGUCUGUGCAGUCACCCAUCCCUAGACCUGUUUCUGACCUGUGGCCAUGACAAACUGGUUCAUCUCUGGAACAGCAAAACCCACAAGCCUGUGUGGACCACCACCCUGGAGGAUCCUGCUAGAGUGGCCGGAUUCCAUCCAUCUGGUAAUGUUGUGGCUGUGGGAACCACAACCGGGAGGUUUCUGGUCUUGGAUGCUCAGUCACACGUUAUAGUGACGACCUUUUCGGAUGCCGGUGAACAGAUCAGUGCUAUCAGCUACAGUCCUGAUGGUCAGUAUUUGGCGGUUGGAUCACAUGACAACUUUAUCUACCUAUAUGAAGUGGCUGAAGAGGGACGAGAAUACAGACGGGUGGGAAGGUGCUCGGGUCACUCCAGCUAUAUCACACAUCUGGACUGGGCGUCCGAUAGUUCCAGCUUCAUGACCAACAGCGGUGACUACGAAAUCCUCUAUUGGGACCCGGAAUCUGGGAAGCAGAUUGUCAGCGCAGAGAGUGUACGCAAUGUGGAGUGGGAGAACGCCUCGUGCACGCUGAGCUUCCAUGUGCUGGGCAUUUGGCCAGAUGGAGCAGAUGGAACGGACAUUAAUGCAGUCACCAAGUCCCAUGACAGAAAACUGGUGGCCACUGGGGAUGAUUUUGGAGGAGUUCGCCUGUACAGUUACCCCUGCGUGGUGCCCCGGGCCGCCAGUUCUAAGUACAGCGGUCACAGCAGUCACGUGACCCGCCUCAGCUUCCUGCACAGCGACGGCGCUCUGAUCUCGGUUGGAGGCAAGGAUUGCACUGUGUUGCAGUGGACAGUGAUGUGAGUGGGUUUCCUGCGUAGCCUCUGUCGUCUUCCUGUACAGAACCUCUAGAUCUUACCAGCAGAGUCUUGUCUUCGACCCUCUAGCACCCCCCCCCCCAGCUGUGCCCACCCCCCACAGUGCACGGCCGGCCUCUGCUCAGCACCUGCUUUCCUCAAGAUUUUCUAUAGAGAGCUGGGCAGCAUGUUCCUAUAGAAGGCUCUCUGCACCAGGACUUGGACACUCCUAUUUGCACAGCUGCACAGAGUAUUUAAGCCCCUGUAAUAUCCUGCUGGCUGUAGAAGGCUUGUACUCAACCCUGAUGUAGAGACGUUUGUUCUUGGAGGCUGGCACUGACAUUCACUGCAAUAAAUUCUAUAAAAU